UUAAUCCUUUUACCAUUUCACCACCUACCUAAUCUCCCUCCCCCCACUCUCUCUCUCUAUCACGGACACAAAAAGGCUCAAGCUUUUUGAAGAAGCUUGCAAGCCUAGAGAUUCUUACUUGCUCUAUUUACAACGACGGGUAGAGAGAGAGAAGAGGAGAAGGGCGUCUCCUUUCCUCAUCGUUAUCCCGUCUCAAUCUGGCCCCUUGCUUUCCCUUCUUUUUUCCCCCCAAGCCGGGGGCGGAAACCCUAACAUACUCCUAUCGGCAGCGCCGAAAUCCCCAAAUCAUUGGCAUUUCGUCGCGGGAAUCGCACGCUAGAUCGCCGUGCGGUGGCUCGAUCUGUCUCUGUCCCGUGGAUGAGUGCUGGUGUUGGGGGCGGUGGGGGGUUUUUUGAUUGUCUGGCUCCCACAUUUUUUUCCUUUGUCUGGUUUUUAGUUUGAUAUCUUGCUGGCAUCGGAAGAUUUGGUGGAGAUCGGGAUGGUAGGGGUUCUGAUCUGAUGCUUCCAGUGUUGUUUGCUUGGAUUGGGGCGAGAUGUCGUCUGCUCCGGCCUCGGCGCCGCCGUUCGAGCGCCGUCGAGCCGUAGCAUCCAACACAAUAUCACCAGUGAAUGGCUUUCCUUUUCUGACUCCUGGGAGGAAAAAUCCUACUGCUUAUCAAGGGAGAAAGGUGUUUAAGAGUGGACCGCUCUUCAUAUCAUCUAAAGGAAUUGGUUGGAAAUCAUGGAAGAAGCGUUGGUUCAUUCUUACGCGCACAUCUUUGGUUUUCUUCAAAAAUGAUCCUAGUGCACUACCACAAAGAGGUGGUGAAGUAAAUCUUACUUUAGGGGGUAUUGACCUAAAUAAUUCUGGGAGUGUGGUGGUUAGGGAAGAUAAAAAGUUGCUAACUGUUCUAUUUCCUGAUGGACGUGAUGGGCGUGCAUUCACCCUUAAGGCGGAGACAUCAGAAGAUUUAUUUGAAUGGAAAACAGCACUGGAACAUGCUCUUGCACAAGCUCCAAAUGCUGCCCUUGUGAUGGGACACAAUGGAAUAUUUCGUAAUGACAACACUGACACAUAUGAAGGGUCUAUCCAACAUUGGAGAGAUAAGCGCCCGAUCAAGUCAUUGGUUGUUGGUAGACCAAUUUUGCUUGCACUCGAAGACAUUGAUGGGGGACCUUCCUUCUUAGAAAAGGCUUUGCGCUUUCUAGAGAAGCAUGGAAUGAAAGUUGAAGGAAUCUUGAGACAGUCAGCUGAUGUGGAAGAAGUUGAUCGAAGAGUUCAAGAAUAUGAGCAAGGGAGGAGUGAGUUUGCAGCAGAUGAGGAUGCCCAUGUUGUCGGUGACUGUGUAAAGCAUGUUCUUCGGGAGCUACCAUCAUCUCCGGUUCCUGCAUCCUGUUGUACUGCAUUGCUGGAAGCUCAUAGACUUGAAGGCAAGGAAACUCGCAUUAAUGCUAUGCGUUCUGCAAUAUCUGAGACAUUUCCAGAACCAAAUCGACGGUUGCUGCAGAGGAUUUUAAAAAUGAUGCACACAAUUGCUUCUCAUACUGCGGAGAAUCGGAUGACUCCAUCUGCUGUAGCUGCUUGCAUGGCACCACUGUUGUUGCGCCCACUUUUGGCUGGCGAAUGUGAGAUGGAUGAUGACUUUGAUAUGAAUGGUGAUGAUUCUGCUCAGCUUCUGGCUGCAGCAACUGCUGCUAACAAUGCUCAGGCCAUCAUCACAACUCUCUUAGAGGAGUACGAGAAUAUAUUUGAUGAUGAUAAUUUACACCAAUGCUCUCCAUCACAAGAUUCCCAGAUUGAAGACAGUGGCAGUGAGGAGUCAACAGAUGAUGGUAAUGCUGAUGUAAAAGAUAAUGGAUAUCACGAUGCAGAAAAUGAUGUAGAUCCAGAAGUGGAUGAUGAUCCUGAACGUGUACUUAGCGGAAAACUGAGUGAAAGCAGUGGUUAUGCUGGCAGUGACCUUUAUGACUACAAGGUCUUUGCUGCUGAUGCUUCAGAUGCUGAGUCUCCUAGAGAUAAUCAGGCUUCAGCAACAAAUGUAGAGUUAACUAGAGGUUCCCAAUCGGAGCUUAAUGAGCAUGGUUCAGCAAAUAAAACUACCAAUAACUCGAUGACUGAGAAGGAUACCUCUAAUGUGUUACCUAUCCAUGAGUCUCCUCUAUCAAUGGGAGAGAUUCUGUCAUCCUUUGAUCCAGGAAUGUCUUUCCCAGCUCAUGUAGCUGAAUAUUGUUUGGAGAGGCAUCCGAGCAAACCAAAUGGAUCACACACACAAAUGAAGCGAACUAAUUUUUGGGGACGCAAUAAUGCCAGAAAGAAUCAAUCAGUGGAGGCAGUUGAUUCAUCUGGUGAAGAAGAGCUUGCUAUUCAAAGGCUUGAGAUCACAAAGAAUGACCUCCGGAUGAGGAUUGCUAAAGAGGCCAAAGGAAAUGCUAUUCUACAGGCAAGUCUGGAAAGAAGAAAGCAGGCUUUGCAUGAGCGCCGCUUAGCUCUAGAACAAGAUGUCUCGAGGUUGCAAGAGCAAUUACAAGCUGAGCGGGACCUUAGAGCUGCUCUGGAGGUUGGCUUGAGCAUGUCUUCUGGACAGUUUUGUAGCUCACGCGCCAUGGAUUCUAAGACAAGGGCAGAACUUGAGGAGAUUGCCCUUGCUGAGGCUGAUGUUGCCAGGUUAAAACAGAAAGUUGCAGAACUCCAUCUUCAACUUAAUCAGCAGCGUCAAAAUCACUAUGGAUCUCUCUCUGAUGCAUGUGAUCGCUAUCAGCACCUUCCAACCCAUCUUACCCAGCAAAAGAUUGUUCAGCAAGAUUUUGAUAUGAACCUUGCUUUCUGCAACCAUGAGAGGAAACAAAUAAACGAGGAGAGCUCAUCUGGGACGGAUUGGAGGAACGUUAAGCCUCAAGUGCUACCUCAUGCUAGUUCCAACAAGCUUUCUCGUAAACAUUCCUUGGAGACAGGUGUUAUUGAAUUAAAAGGUAUGGAAGCAUCAACAAGCAUGCCAUCAGAAAGCAUUGCUGCCAUUGCUAAUGAUACUCCCAGAAUAACCGAGGGUAUGGAAUAUCAGAGGCAACCACCAGUGGCAUCUUCUACUUUGGUGGAACUGACAGCCCGUCUCGACUUCUUCAAAGAACGGAGAUCCCAACUCAUGGAACAAUUGCAUAGCCUUGAUUUGAGCCAUGGAGCGCCCUCACAUGGAUUAGCAUACAAAUCCUCCUCUCCUUGGAACAGUCCAAGCUGAGAGAAACAUGUAAGCCACUUGUACAUCCCUCUAUUCAAGCCAUCCAUCUGUUUUGCUAUUUCGUUUUUGAUUCUGUUGUAUGAAUGGACGCUUCUGACAAAGUUGUUUUACCUUGUAAAGAGUAAAGACCAGUGUGAAAUUUUGGCUCCUGUUUUCCACUUGUCAUUUUGCCCUUGUAAACUGAAGAGAUUAUGUCUGCUGUAUUUAUCAGUUAAAAUCCCAAUUUUAAGCUCCUGUGCUUUAACGGCAAUGCUACUCCAUAAAGCUGAUACAGGGAAGUCAAUGUCAGGAAACGAGAGUUUGGUUUUUCCCC